AUGGAGUCGAAAGGAGAGUAUACCACAAAAUCGUACAAUCUUAAAACUUUAUUCGUCAUACUGGUGGCAGCAGCGAUGAUGAAUAAGGCUACUGAAGCUAACAAGGACUGUGAUGAAUUAGAGAUUUGUCAAGAAUGUACUCAACUGAAUGCAUGCCGGUGGUGUGCAUCAUGGAAUAAAUGUGUAUCGGACGAAUGGUACAGUUGUUUUCUCGGCACAAAAGUUAGCAACCCAAACAAUUGUCCGUUAGCUGUUCAUAAAGGCGAUGCGUAUAGCGAUGAAUUUGCUCGAACGAAAAUGCUGGCCAUAAGUGCAGCUGCUUACUGGGAAGCACCACAAGCAUGCUUAACAAAUCAAGUGGAUUCCACUGCCAAAGUAAUCACUCUCAUCAAUCCUGACUCCUUCAUUAUUCUUCAGGUGAUACGUCAAGUAACAUGUCCUUGUGAUGCAUCCAACACAACGUUUUGCUCAGCGUUUACAGCCUUAUCGCCCGAAAAUAACGCAAUCAUUUUAGGUUUUCGGUGUGUGAGCAAGUAUUUCUUCGACGCGUUCAAUUCUGUUUGGAGCAAUGGUAUACUGGAAAGCUUUUUCGAACUCACUACAGCUAAUCCAGAUUAUGAAUUAUGGAUCAGUGGGCAUUCUCUUGGCGCUGCAAUGGCGUCGAUAGCCUCUAAUGUUAUCGCUGUUCAACACCUACAUCAACCUGAAUCUAUAAAAUUGGUCACCUUCGGUCAACCUCGUGUUGGUGACCAGCAGUACGUCGAUGUUCAUGAUGAAAUGAUACUUUACAGUUAUCGAGUUGUUCAUGCACGUGACUUGGUUGCACACUUACCGCCGCUCGAUUAUCGAGAUUACAGACAUCAUCGUUAUCAGGUCUGGUAUGAUAAUGAUAUGGCACCCGGAAAACCAUACAAAGUAUGCUUGGCGCCAGAUUAUGGCUGUAGUGAUUCGAAAUUACUCGAUGAUUCUCUCGAGGACCACCUCUAUUACUUCCAAAAAGAAGUGGGUCAGUGGGGUCGAAAUGGUUGCCAGUAA